AUGGACUAUACACCUUCGCCUGCUAAGAUCAACAAGGAGUUUGCCUUUCUAGACAAUUCGAUAGACACCGGAGUGCGCUCUGAAAGGACGAGAGGAUCGCCUUUGAAGCCCAUGAGGGAUGACUCGUUGAACAACUUACAGAAGAGGUUCUUCGACAAGUACAGCGGGUUCAAGCCUGCAAAGGGCCGGAUGGCGCUGGUGGAUGAACAAACGACGGAUCGUUUGUUCAAAGUUGUGCCUCAGAGGGUGCCUGUUGACGACGGUGUGAAGAUCAGCUCGAACAUGAUUGAAAAGAUCAUUAGGGAGAACGAGUCCUUGCAGAGACAAGUUUCCAAGUUGAAGCAGGAGCGAGAUGUGACUCAGACUUUUGCCAAGGGGCUAAAGGACAAAUUGAUCAAGUAUAGACAGUCGAAUGAACGGCUUACGGGGGAGUUGGAGCGGUUGGAGAGGUUGCAUUCUGCUAAGGAGGAUGAGAUAUUGGCGCUGCGUGUUAAGAACGAGCAGCUGGAGUCUGAACUGGAGCUGAAAGCCACUGUCGAGAGCCCCAUUGCGAGUGUUCCUGCGAGCAUCUUCCCCCAGGAUACCAGCAAAGCUCAAGAACCGGCCAAUACGGCUGGAGCAACAGCCAGUGAAGUGGAAGAGCUAGCUAGCAAGGUGGAAGAACCAGUCAAAGUGCAAGAACCAGUCAAAAUGCAAGAACCAGUCAAAGUGCAAGAACCAGUCAAAGUGCAAGAACCAGUCACAGUGCAAGAACCAGUCACCAAAGUGCAAGAACCGGCCAGUGAAGUGGAAGAACGCAUCAAAGCCCUACAGUCGCAAAUCAUCCAGAUAUCGGAGAAGGAUACCGAAAGGUUCCAGUACAUCAAACACGAGAUCGACUCACUAAGGGACAUCCUGCUCAACCCCCGCGAGGACAGCUCAGAAGCACCUGCCCCAGAGCCCAACGGUAGAAUCUCCGAGGACGACUGGAUCAUCCGGGAAACCGACGAGGUUGAGCAGCUCCAGCAAGAAGUACUACGCAUUCAACGCAAGCUCCAGAUACGCGAGGACAACUUGAGACGCAAGACUGAAUUGAAGGAACAGCUAAGGGAAUUGAGUGGUCAAUUGGACAAUCAAAGUGCCUGCGCCACCACAACAACGAACCACAGCCUCCCUCCAAAGACAAGCUGCACCGUGUGUCCAGGCUCGACGGACAAGGAGUCGUCGGAAGCACCACACUUCCACAUAAACGGAACCAAGUGGUACUGA